AUGGCAACGAAAAAGAAGCAGAUCCUUUGUGUUGGGUUAGUUUGUUUGGACAUAAUUAAUGUGGUUGAUAAAUUUCCAGUGGAAGAUACAGACACACGAUGUCUGUCUCAGAUAUGGCAACGGGGUGGGAAUGCUUCCAAUUCAUGCACAGUUCUGGCAUUACUUGGUGCUCCAUGUGGAUUCCUGGGCUCCCUGGCACCUGGGCAUGUUUCAGAUUUCAUAACAGAUGAUUUUCAAAGCAGAGGUAUCAACAUAUCGAAUAUUGUGUGGCAACAAGCGGGAAUCAUACCUAGUGCUUGCUGUAUUGUGAACCUUUCCAGUGGCUCUCGGACAGUCAUACUAUCUGACAUGAAUUUAUGUGAUGUUACCUCAGAUGAUUUCAGGAAAAUUGAUCUUUCUCUAUACCAAUGGAUUCACUGGGAGGGCCGAAAUGCAUCUGAGCAAGUUGCUAUGAUACAGCAAGUUGAACAGUACAAUGCCACUGUGUCAGCAGAGCUGCGAAUUACCACCUCUGUGGAGAUUGAGAAAACAAGAGAAGAACUUUACCAACUCUUUGGGCAUGGAGACUUUGUUUUCAUCAGCAAAGAUGUUGCCAGACAUUUUGGGUUUAAUUCUGCAUCAGAAGCUGUAAAAGGACUUUACAAUCGAGUAAAGCCAGGUGCCUACUUAAUCUGUGCCUGGGCUGAGCAGGGAGCUGAUGCAAUGGGUCCUAAUGGUGUCUUUCAUUCAAACGCCUUUCCUCCUGAAAAACUUGUCGAUACCCUUGGAGCAGGAGAUACAUUCAUUGCAGCUGUAUUAUUUUCAUUGUACAAUGGCAAAUGUAUUCAGGAAUCAUUGAUAUUCGGUUGUCAAAUUGCAGGGAGAAAGUGUGGAAUUCAAGGAUAUGAUGGAAUUGUAUGA